AUGCCUGCAGUAUCUACCAACUCCAACUCCAAAGUACUCGUAACUGGAGCCAACGGCUUCCUUGCCCUAUGGAUUGUUCGCGUCUUGCUAGAACACGGAUUUAUCGUCCGUGGAACCGUGCGCACCGCAGACAAGGGUAACAAACUGAAACAAAUCUUUUCGACCUACGGCGACAAGCUCGAGUGGGUCGUAGUCCCAGAUAUCAUUGUUGAAGGUGCAUUCGAUAAAGCACUCGAAGACAUUGAUGCGGUGGUACAUUCAGCAUCGCCGGUGGUCGUUGAAUCCGAAGAUCCUGAUGCUGUGAUCAAACCGGCCCUUGGUGGAACAGAAAGCAUCUUUAAUAGUAUCCUCAAAUAUGGAACAAAGGUCAAACGUGUUGUCCUGACAUCUUCCAUGGGAGCUUUGAUUCCGAUCAUGACUGGCCCUGUUGUUCUCAAUGAAAACAGCUGGGGAGAUGACAUAGUCCAAUUGGUCAAACAACUGGGGAAAGCCGCGCCGCAAAUCACUAAAUACUGGGCCUCUAAGACGUUAGCAGAGCGAGCCGCUUGGGACAUCUAUGAGAAAAACAAACCGGAAAUCGGAUGGGAGUUAGUCGUCCUCAAUCCUUCUAUUAGACCAGUCCAGGAUUUCAGCACCCCAGCCGAGGCACCCCAUUCCAAUCAAAUGUGGUACAACCAUAUUGUCGACUUGGUAGAUGAGGAAGGAGUCAACGGAACAUUUGUCUACGUUGAUGUUCGCGACGUUGCCGAAGCUCACAUGUUAUCGAUCACGAAAGAGGCCGCAGGAGGAGAAAGAUUUGUGCUCUCAGCAGGCUCCUCUGGCUAUCAAAAGAUGCGCGAUACAGUUUUUGCUCUGAAACCAGAAUACUACACUUCCGGACUUCUUCCAAGGGGCAACCCAGACGUCCAAGGUGAACCUCUCAUCACCACGAAUACAACCAAAGCAGAAGAUAUUCUUGGAAUCAAGUAUAAGACUUUGGAAGAGACAAUCGAGAACACUUUGGCUGGCUACGAGGUGAAUGGAUUGGUAGGAAAGAAAUAG